UGGAGAGACAAAGAGAUGAGAAUAAAGAAUUGCUAAGGAUUCACUCUCUUCCCUCACUGGUUUAUGCAUCACGUCCAGGACAAGAUACGGUACCUGCCCCCCCCCCCCCCAUUUUCAUCCUAUCCUCUAAUUAGGCUAAUGACCCUCAUUUCCCUGCAGCCUCAGUCUCAUUGUCCCUAACCAAGGCAGGAGCUGCUUUUGUGUUCUUAGAUUCCUGGGUCUGCAAUUGCCUUGUUAAUGCCCAGCGACUGGUGUCAUCUCCAAGGAGCUUUCUGUCUUCCUUAGGGGAAAGCCAGGGGCCACAUCACCCAGACGCCAUCUCCAAAGACGACAUCUCAUUCAUUCUUACAGCCCUAACCUAGAGACAAGCCCCCCUUCAGGGUGGUAUUCUUAGUUCUGGCUUUGUCUGAUCGGGGUAUGUGCGUAGAUGCCCAUCCCUCCCCCCUCCAAGCCAUGGUCACUAUAAGCCUCAGAAGGAGCGCUUCCCAGUCACUGCUGCCCAGCAUCUACGGGGCAUUCUGCAGCCUUUGCCUGGACAGCUUGACAUGCUCCUGGCUGCCCCUCGCUCCAGAACUCUUGGCACCAUGGAUCCAACUACUUCAAAGGCUCCUUGGGCCACCGUGAUGCUGCUGCUCCUGCUGCUGGUGCUCCCAGCUUUGCUACCUGCCCAGGCAACAGCCCAGCCCAUGCCCAACUGCUGUCGACAGAAGACUUGCUCCUGUCGUCUCUACGAUCUGCUACACGGAGCUGGCAACCAUGCAGCGGGCAUCCUUACCCUGGGGAAAAGGAGGGCGGGUCUAUCUGGGCUACAGGGACGACUCCAGAGGCUUCUGCAAGCCAGUGGCAACCACGCCGCAGGCAUCCUCACAGUGGGACGCCGUGCUGGCGCAAGCGGAGAGCCUCUUCCCAGUCCCUCAGGAGCCCCAGGCUUCAGCAGCUGCUCCCGGGUCCCGGGCACUCUAUCUUGCGCAGGGCACCUGUGUACUGACAGCCCCACAUCCUAGGACCCUGUCCAGAGCUGGCAGGGGACAAGAGCCUCUGAGGCAACUGUCUACCAAUAGCCACUCCCCCAGCAAUUGGGGUACAAAGCCCUGGGGCACCACCAGACUCCCAAGACUCUGGCUGCUUAGAGGCUCAAUCAUUUGGGCAGUAGCUGGGGUGGGGUUGGGAACUUCCUAAUUUCUAUAUAUUCGGGAUGGUCCCAGAUAAGGGUGAAAGGCAUAGAGAGACAAUCAGGUUUCUCCCCACCUCCUCUCAGCCCCAGGUCUGUGCCCACCCCCUAGUACUGGAGAAAUAAAGAUGAUUCAUGAUGAA